UUUUUUACAAUUCUAAACUGAUUACUGCGAUGCACAAGAACUUACUAUCGAUUGCAGUGAUUUAUAACAAUAGUGCUAAUAAAAAUAAUAUUUUUUGCACUGGUUGGGUUGUUACCGCUGGCCCGAAUGGGCAAUUCAAUGUUUUAAAAUAUAGGUGUAAGAGCCCCGGUUAACACAGUGGUCAUGUGAUUAGUGGUACACACGUGAUCAUGUAACGAUUACCCAUAACAAUAUGUAAUGUGACAAAGCUUCAUUAAGGCGGCUACGACAUAACAAUAAGAUUAGGCCUACAUGUCAGUGAAGUACUGUCACGUCAAACAGUUCGUAUAGGCCUAUAAAUUCUCAGAUUCCUUCGAAAUCAUGGAGGCUUGGAAGACAAAAAUUCUGUUUCUAGCAGUUUUUACAUCCACACAAACAUGUAUUCACAGUUACAUUAUCAAAUCGUCAUCGCUUCUCAUCACUUCUCCACCUCUUCUGCCUAAUAUGACGAAAAGUUCGCGUCCGAGCUACGAUGCUCCGCCGAGGUAUAACUUCGAUUUGGAUCUUCCCGAUGAGCAACGAUGGGUGUCAAUACUUCGUCAUUACGACAAGGAUAACUUGAAGCAAAUGAUCAGAGAUGCCCUUUCGCUUUAGAACAUGAUGACACGUUUGAUGCUGUAUACACUAGAUUGAACAAUACCCGGAUAAUUGCUCCAGCCUACUAUAUUAUAGGGGGAGUCAAGCCUGACGAAGGUGUUAUUAUAACAAGAAGCAGGUUAAGAUCACUCGACGUCAACCCUUUAAUACCAGAAAUGGACAAAUGGUUUGCCUUGGAAACCAAUUUUGACAGAUGGACAACACCGCCCCCUAGUGAUGACAGAAGAGAUCCAGCUAUUGAUGCCAUGAAUGCAGUUGGUAGGGAGAAUAUUAAUGAUAAGACCAUGUACGAAGUUUUAUCAGUACCACCAGUUCUUAAUUACAAGACAACUUUCACCACGCUGAUGUCGGCAGCAAAACCUGAUUUAUUUCAAACUUAUAUUCGUCAUCCCUAGUCAACAAGAUGUCAUAACAUAAUUAUCUCCAUCAUUUUAUUGAGUGUAUAUCUCUAAAACAAUUACUAAAAUAUGCUAAUAUAUGAAGUCUGUAUACAAUUAUUUGUAUUAAGAUUACUAUUAUCAACUACCAACUGAGAAUUUAUAUUAACAUACAUUAUGGUAGAUUCUUAUUAUUAAAACUUAUAGGCCUAUGUGUGAUACGAUUUUUUAAUAAAGUUACUCUAUUAUAAUUAUGUAAUGCAAUAUUCUUUUAAUUUGUUUGAAUUAAUAAUGUCAUUAAUGUGAUUGUUUAAACAGGGCUUAUGUUUGAUAAAUUAUUUUACUGUUAAAUCCUGUAACUGUAAGUAAAUGAAGAGAAAUUUGUAAUACUUUCGUUUCAGUGCCCUCAAUCUUACAUGAAGGCGUUCAUUGAUGUGAUUGUUGUCAAAAAGUCAUCUAAAUUAUUUACUGUUGUUAUGUUUAUUUUAAACGCUAAGGUAAAACCAUGGAACACAAAUCUAACUCUUUUAAAUUGUAAACUUCAUAUUAAACAAAUGUUAUAUAUCUAAUUCCAGUACUGUAGGCCUAUUAUAUAGUGGACGUUAAUUCAGUUCUUAUAGUAUUUGUAUUCAUUGAGAAUUGCAAUCGUGCAGUAUAAUCUAUAUUUGUAUAUAACAAUAACAUGCUAUGAUUUCUGUUGAUUAUUAAUUCAUAGUAAUUAUUCAAUAAAAGUUAUCAUUGUGAUAAUUAUAUUCACCCAUCUAUGUAAUGGACCUUUCCUGAGUGUCAAUUAAACUGACCAAUCAAAACAGAGUCAGGAAUACGCGUGUCCUACUAAACACAUGAAUUGUCCUAAAAAUGCACAUGCACGUUACACUAUUGUUUUGUGGGACCUUAGCAAAAAUAUAGAAGUGGUGUUACUUAACGGAAAGGUCCGUUAUAGUAUUUUAGUUUGUAUAUGGUUGAAAUAAAAGGAAAUAUUUCGUAUUUUUUUAAAGUAACAAUUGUUACUUGGUGUAGACAUAAUAGUAAAUAAUUUAAACAUUCAGUAGUUUUCUGUGUGGCUCAAAAAGUAUACGAUUUUAUACAAAAGUAAUUGCAAUUUGAAUAUGAUUUAGCUUCAACUUUUUUUUUUGUUUUUCUUUUUAUGGCUAAAAGCACCACAAUUUAUUCAUCAAUAUCAUUAUAAAAUGAUAAUUGAACUUAUACAUUUACAAUUGAUAUAGGUCCUACAAAAUUGAUUUUGUACAUUUCUUGUGGGAUACCCUUUCAUCAUCCUCAUUUUUCGUGGUUUUCAUAUAUUUUUUUUAUUAUAUUCUCUUCUUCUUUUAGAUAUAUCUAAGAAAAAACACUUUUUUAAUUACAUAUUUUCUAUCGAUGAUACCGUGAACGCAACCAUGGCGUUACAUAAUACGUGGCAUCGCAAACCUGCUUUUAUUGCGUGUUCAAAAAGAAGAAAAGUAAAAUAAUAAUGUCCUUAAUAACUUUUUAUAUAAAGAAUAUUCGCAAAUCAGUUAUACUUAUUAUAUACGGUAUACAUUUAUGCAAGCCAUUUUAGAUAUUUUCUAAUAUUAUGCUCAGUAAUAAAAUGCCUUUGCAUAAAGCUAUGGUUCCAUUUGUUAACGUUUUUAAGACGUGUAUUUAUAGGCCUAUAUACAAAAAAAAACACCUUUCUGUUUUAAGAGUGAAACACCAUGAUAAUGAUAUCAUUUUUUUUUUCGCCCCAAAUGUGUUGUUUCAAUAUGUCAUUAUAACCCAUUCGGUCCUUAACAAUACACUGGUUAAAAUCAGUUACUAGUUAAAAUCAG